AAUUUCAGUAGAAUCUCGUAUUCCCGAGGCAUCAUGAAGUUAAUUGUUUUAGUCUGUUUAGUGAUUGUCGUAGUAUACGCGAAAGAUGAACCUCCGUAUACUACGAAGUACGACGACAUUGACGUAGACGAAAUUUUGGCUAACAAGAGAUUAACCUUGUACUACGCCGACUGCCUUUUAGGCAAAGGAAAGUGUAAUGAUCAAGGACAAACGUUAAAGGAUAUAGUACCAGACGCCUUGAAUAAUGAGUGCAAACGUUGCAGUGAAAAGCAAAAGGAGGCAACUGAAAAGGUUCUUCGUUACCUUGCCAAGCAUUACCGUGACAUUUGGAAUUCUCUUAUUGCUCAUUUCGACAAGGAUGGAAAACAUCGUGACCAGUACAAAAAGUACAUCGAUGAAAUGGAGGCUGCAUAAGGUUUUGGGUAUCUGUAACCAUCACUUUUUCUAUACAAAUGGUCAUAACAAAUUUGUUUUGUAUUAAAUAACCUGUUUCAAAUUAGAUUUGCUUAUUUUGUGUGUAAUAAUAAUCAGUAAUCACGAUAGUA